CUCGCGAGCAAUUCCACCCUCGCCGCACCCUCUGACGUCACGCAGCCUCCGUUUAUUGAUCCAUUACGAAAUUACAGUCUAUAUGUAUUUCAACUUGAGCCAAGUAUAAGACGGUGUCACAAUGUGCCACGUACGAAGAAACAUAGCGUUAGAAAUCCUUAAACAUCGCCGAUCCUAACUUAAUUUCUCCUUAAUAACAAAAUGGAAAAUUAAAUGUUCAAAGUUUAUUUUCAGUCUACGAUAUAUCGUUGAUAUAUUUUUAUAACUCGUCUCAAAUUGUUAAGAUAGUAAUGUAAAAACUACGAAGAGAAUAAACAUUUAGUUGCCUUUUAACACGUUCUACCGAACGGUUGCUUUUCUCGUUUCUUAUAAAAGGACUCGAAAUCACGAGAGCGGCUCUUCCGACGAGUGAAAACGGUUCAAGAGCGGAGUUUCCGCUCGCAGAACGAGUGCGGUCCGCCAGUUCUGUCGCAAGCUUCGCCGCGGACAGACGUGCAAGUGGGGUUACCUACGCACCGGGGUGAAACUUGCAAGCUCCCCCUUAUCGAGCUUUCAAAUGGCUGUGCCUUUUAGAUUUUGACAUUUUCCUCGUUUCCCCUUCUCUCCCGUCGCACUUUUUCCUUUUUACGUCCAUCCGUUAGCUUCUACGGUUCGUCGUUUUCGUCGUCGGAAAACCACCAUGCCAAGAAAAAUCGGAUUCCACGUCGUGUACGCCACCAGCGAAGAGGACAGGCACUCUUCGCUGGAACUGAACGUUCAUGGACCGACGGUAAGAGGGUGGCAAAGUUCAAGAAAAUGUACGUAUCCUCAGGAACUCAUCCUGCGCCUCCACGGACCGACGAAACUUACGAGAAUACAAGUCCUGGCUCAUCAGUACCUUAUACCUGAAAAGCUGGAAAUAUGGACGUCGAGAGAAGAGAAUGCCUCGGUUACGACGGAGUUCAGUUAUUUGGGUUACAUUACAUUGUCCGACAAUGCUUCUACUAUGUACAAAAGCAGAGAGCUUAAGAGCGUAGCACUUCCGGAGACAGAGGCUGUCUCCUUGAAACUGAGACUGCACAAACCGCAUAGUAACGCGCACAACGUUUACCAGCAGGUCGGCCUUAUCGCUAUCAAUAUCCUCGGCGAACCGUACGGACAAGAGCUGACGGGACAAGGAGACGCUCCGUACAAUCCUCACUACACGUCCCCGUAUGAUGAUCUAGCCUUCGAGAUGUACGUCGAUCGCGAGGUCGCUAAAAUCAUCAGACAAAUGGAGGCGAAAAAGUUGCAGGCUGUAGAAGAGGAGAGAUUCGAAUACGCUUCGAAGUUAAAGAUAGCCAUGGAGAAUCUGCGAAAAGCCGGGGAACGCCUUGGAAAGUACGAAUUAGAGAAAAAGUAUGCUAUAGCGUUGGAAGACUACGAUAAAGCCAAAGCGAAGAAGGCACAAGCGCAACAAUACAGACAGCAAGUCUACCAAAGUCUGGAGGUGCAAGAUCUACUCGAAAUUCACGGGCCACUGGAAAAAAACAACUUGUCGUCGGUGGAGGGAAAGGAACAUAUAUCGGUAGACACCUGUACCUCGAACACGGCUACUGUUCCCGAAGAUAUCACGUCUCCUCCGAGGCUGGUGAUCCCGCCUAAUCGCGACGGAGCUAUAUCGCCAACCGGACCCGCGCAUCAACCACCCGUUUCGCCACUGCAUCAAAAACCAAACAGUCCCGAAGUCACCGACAGUCCUACGAACGGAGUCGUGGAAAGGCAAAACAAUUGCAACAAAGGAUCGCUCAGACGGAAGACUAAGUCCGCAGGACCUGCGCUUCGAUCCAGUUACGAAGCUUACGAGGAGAGAACGAUUCCUGCCUUAAGACAUUCGCACACGAACGAAUUCACGAGAGAAUGCCACAUGGAGAACACGGAUACGAAGAUGAUCUCAAAGUUGAACGACAGGGAAAAGAAGCAAGCCGCGUUACCUAUAGCUGUCUUCGGAAUGGAAAUGGUAGAAAAAUUCUAUUCGAAACAAUUUACGGAUAAGGAGGAAGGGCUGAUGCAGCUGAAGGAGGAAUUAAAAACGUUCGAUUCGGAGGUUUCGAAACAUUCGGCGAAUAAAACAGCCAGAGCUGCAAUUUUGCUACUACACAGAGCUCUCAGGGAUAAAGUGUUCAGUGUGUAUAGCCUGGCAGCGCAAUUGAUCAGGAUUUUCUUUUCGGAGUUUGCGUCAGACAGAGUAUCGUCAACCGAAAUCGUGAGAAGCGUGGAGCGUCUACUUCCAGAACUGUUGACAAAGUCGGGCGACACCACUCCGAGAAUUCAUAAUAUGGCUGUGCACACGAUACUGAGUAUGGCAGACUGCAAAUGCGUCAGAGAAUUGCAUAUAAUACCGGUACAUUUGACGAGACCCGUAAGCAGUAGCACGCAUCAAAGACUGGCCCUCAGUAGGCUCGAAAUGGUGGAGCAGUUGAUUCUGAACCAUGGAAUUUCUACCGACAAACAAAGUGGACUCACUUGUCGAACGUUGUCAGAAUUGGGUUCCUCGGGUUUGCAUCAUCCGGCGGAAGCAGUUAGGAAAGUAUCGGAGAGGAUUCUGGUGCUGGUGUACAAAGUGAAUCCUAGAUUAGUUCGAAAGCAAUUGCCUCCGGAUGACGAUAUUACCAGGCGGAACCUGUUGUAUCGUCAACUAUUUCACGAAUUCGAUCUCAUCGAUCUUCAGAGAAAAAAGGAAGCGGACGCGUGUCACAAAACGACGACACCGACGCGGACGAAAUCGACGGAGAAUAAUGUAGCUAACUUAACAAAGUCUCCAUCUAGAACGAGUCCUGUUGUUAGUACAGGAAGCUCAACGAGCGUCACGUCUCCGUCCGAGAAUAGCACGGAUCACAAAGGUGACAAAAUGUGCAUAUUCUGCCUGUCCAAAGGACAAAGCUAUUCCGAAGAAGGACUAAAUAUCCAUUAUUGGAGAAGCUGCCCGAUGUUGACGAAAUGCGAAGCGUGUAAGCAAGUAGUGGAAAUUUCGUAUUUAAAUCUUCACUUGUUAAACGAAUGCGAUAUGAGAAGCAAUUACGUGAAAUGCGAAACGUGUAAAUUGGCAGUCCAUGAAAACUCAUUUGAGGAACACAGAAAUAAUAACAAGUGUACAAAACCCAUCGAAGGAUACGACCGUUGUCCGCUCUGCUCUAGUCUCGUGAAUCAAAAUAAAUGGAGAGAGCAUCUCAUGGGUGAACAUCCUUGUACAAAUAAUCCAAGAAAUAAACUAGCGAAAACCUGUUCAAAGUCUCCAUCCAAUUCUCAUCUCGGAGGAAAAAUGACCUCACCAACUAGUAGAGAUUACUAGCGUCAACCAUCAACUUCGAACAAUUCGGAGUAUAAAGAGUUUUAGAGAAGAUUUUUCUUUUUUUUUUUUAUAUAUACAUAUAAUUUAACUAUACGUUACGAGCUAUUCAGCAUUUUUCAUAUUUCUACUUGUAUUUAAAUGUUUUUUAUAGGAAAACCCGUCCUUCAUUAGUAGAAAUACCUCUAUGUUGAACAAAUUUCUAGUCGUACAUUGAAAUCUAAUCCGUAGAACACUAAGAAUCUUGGUAUCAACUAUAUCGAAAAAAGAAGAAAAUCUAACUAACGUGUAAUACAAUUCGAAACGAAUGUCAAUGCACGAAACGGAUAGUCAUCUUUUUCAAAUUUAAAAUACGGUAGAAGCAAGGAGUUCCAUACAAUCUAAUAACAUAUUAUUAAACAUUAUGGCAUUGGCCAUUUUUCAAUUAAUGAUUCCUUCGCAUCCGGCCAUAUUUAUAAUAUUUAUACUGUAAUCUAUCAGUAUAAUAUCCUGGACAUAGUAGUUGAAAAUAACGAAAAAGGAAAGAGUACUUCUCGCUCAAAUUACGUAAAAUAUUACAUGUAAUUUCAUAAAUUAUUUCAUAGAAAAUGGAUAGUAAAAACGGCAUUUCCCAUUAUAAUA